CAGCGAUCAGACAUUUAGAUCAACCUCUCACUUCAUUUCAGGUGAAAACUAAUAAUGGAAACCAGCAAGGUCAUCUCAACUGACAAAGCUACAGUUGUCAUCCAAGUAAAUCCACAGGUGGCACAAAAUGCUGUUAUUUGUGAUGAUGGACAGCAGACCAGAGUAUAUCCCAAUACGGCCCUCACUGGAUUUUCCAAAGCACAACCAAAGGCUUUGGGGACUGUCCAAAUAGUAAUUGGAGUGGUGAAUUUCAUGUUUGGUAUCGUACGCACCACCUUUCUCAGCAAAGAUCACCCAGUUAUUAUUGUCAAGAGUGGCAUAACCUACUGGGGAUCCCUUUUUUACGUAAGUGGUGGAUCUUUGUCGGUUGCAGCGCAGAAUAAACUUCACCCAUGUGUCGUGAAAGCCUCUCUUGGAAUGAAUGUGAUCAAUGCCAUAACUGCAGGGAUUUCCAUUGUUCUGAUGUCCAUAGAGAUAGUUUUCAGCUCAUUGUUCUAUGAAAACUGCUACUACAAUGGCUACAAUCAUGGCUAUGGUCGUAACGAUGGUUCUAAUUAUUUUGGAAAAUAUAAUUUCAAGGAAAUCUGUUUGAAUUUACAGAAAUAUGAUCUGGGGAUCAGUGGAAUAUUGCUGGUGUUCUCCAUCCUUCAGUUCAUCAUCUCCAUCUGUAUCUCAGGAUUCGCCUGCAAAGCCACCUGCAAAAAAGACUCACAGACUACAGUGGUCAAUGUGGCACUGAACCAGGGAUACUGA